GCAGUAGCAACAAGCACAAGCAGCAGUGCUACCACAGUAACCGUUAAUGCUUUUGAGUGGUAACUCAUUUUCACCGUAGAUAUAAAAUAUGGGCCCAAUCUCUACUAUUGGGCCCUUUUGUUAUUAUUAUUAGAAAAACUGACCCAAUUUAAUUUGAUUACUCCUAUUUAUGUAUUUGGAACAGAACAGAAGAAGGAAUUCAAGGAGAAAGCACGCAGAGGCAUUGGGUGUUUUUGCAGCUGCAGUGAACAAACGAAGCUUGAGCCAGAAGGAGAAGGAGAGUAGCAGAGCAGGCAAUGGAAGGAAAUUUGAAUGAAUUUCUAGUAGGGCAGCUGCCAACUGUCAUCUACACUCCUCAUUUUAUCACACAGACUGAAGAAACCCAUCUUCUACAAAAGAUUUAUGAAGCCCCUUUAUCAAAGUGGAAAUCUUUGAAGAACAGAAGACUUCAGAAUUGGGGUGGUGUCGUCCACGAAAAAGGACUUCUACCCCAAGACUUGCCUCCCUGGUUAACGAUGAUUACACAAAGAAUAUCAGAAGAAUCAGGGCUGUUCCCCUCAGCAAUCAAUCACGUUCUCAUCAAUGAAUACCUUCCUGACCAGGGAAUAAUGCCCCACCAGGAUGGACCUGCAUAUUUUCCUGUAGUAGCUAUACUUUCUCUUGGAUCGCCUGUUGUCAUGGAUUUCACUCCACAUUCACGGUUAAGAACAUGCACAGACACGUGGAAAAAUGAAGUUGAUGAACAAAAUUUUGGUCGAGAAGCUAAAGAGACUGAGACAGAACAGAUGGAUAAUCCUGAAACUUCAGUUCUAUUGAUGCCUCAGAGUCUACUUAUAUUCAAGGACAAUGCCUACUCAGACUACUUGCAUGGCAUAAAAGAUAGCGAGGUUCAUCAUUGUGAUAAGGCCAUAAAUGAAGUUGAAGCUCUUGCACAUGAUAAACUCAAUGAACCCUCCUUUGGCACUGAGAGUGCUGCUGUUCAAGAUGUGGGAAGUGGAGAUCGCAAUGCCAUCCAUCGGACAGCAAAAAGAAUUUCAUUGACUUGUCGAGUAGUGUUGAAGGUUCACAAGAAUAUAUUCAAGUUUUAAAUCUUUAUUUAUUUAUUUAUGUAAUCAGUUUUGAUUUAAACUGCACAUUUAAAACUGAAACUGGUUUGAAUCCUGCUCUUUGUUGGGAUGAUA